AUGUCCAAGAACAAUCACACAGGCUCUCAAGAAAGGGAUUAUAACAACUGCUUCUCUGGUUCUGAUUAUCUUGUUCGUCGGUGCUGUUAUUGCCACCAGUUGGAUUCAUGUUGUGGUUCAUUUGGGAAGGAUUUUUUCACAUUCGUUACACAAUCAAAGAGAAUCAAGUACCCAAUUAUAUGUGCUUCACCAAACACAUCACAAAUGUGCCCAUCAACUUAUCCAACAACAUAUGAGGUUGAGGAUUCGUCAGCUGAGUCAUGUCCAGAAUACUUUCAGUGGAUCCACGAAGAUCUAAAGCCAUGGAGGAAUACAGGAAUUACAAGGGCGAUGCUUGAGAGAUCAAAAACUAUUGCAGAUAUUAGAAUAGUGAUAGUAAAUGGAACAGUUUACAUUGAGAAGUAUCGCGAAGUUUAUGAAACAAGAGAUGUGUUUACAGUAUGGGGGGUGUUGCAGCUGCUAAGGUUGUACCCGGGGAAGAUACCGGACUUGGAUUUGAUGUUUCAGUGCAAUGACAAGCCCAAUAUCAAGAAAAAUGACUACAGGGGAGUGAAUGCAACUAAGACACCACCAUUGUUUCAUUACUGUGGAGAUGAAUCUACGUUGGAUAUUGUUUUCCCGGAUUGGUCCUUCUGGGGUUGGCCUGAGAUCAACAUAAGGCCAUGGACGACUUUGAAGAUCGACCUGGAAAAUGGGAACAGUAGGAUCCAAUGGGAGGAGAGGGAACCAUAUGCUUACUGGAAAGGAAAUGUAGAAGUAAGUAAAAUAAGAUCUCAGCUCCUCAAGUGCAAUGCCACAAGCAGACAGAAUUGGAAUGCUCGAAUAUAUAACGUGGCUUGGAAAAAAGAAUCCUUGUCGAGAUUCAAUAAUACAAAGUUAGAAGAGCAGUGCACUCAUAGAUACAAGAUCUAUGUUGAAGGAGUUGCAUGGUCUGUCAGCGAAAAAUACAUUCUAGCCUGUGAUUCUAUGAGUCUGCUUAUAACCCCUCACUACUACGAUUUCUAUACGAGAAGUUUACUGCCAAUGAUUCACUACUGGCCGAUCAAGGAGAACCACAUGUGCAGAUCUAUCAAAUAUGCCGUUAAUUGGGGAAACAAACAUAUGGAAGAGGCACAAGAGAUUGGAAAGGCAGGGAGCAAAUAUAUUCAAGAGAACCUAAGGAUGGAGCAUGUGUAUGACUACAUGUUCCAUUUGUUAAAUGCAUACGCAGCGCUCCAGAAAUAUAAAGUGACUAUACCUCCACGAGCGAUGAAAAUUUGCUCGGAGACAAUGGCUUGUAAAGUGAGAGGGAUGGAGAGGAAGUUUAAGUUGGAAUCCUUGGUGAGUUCUCCUGCAGAGAGAAACCCUUGCACAAUGCCUCCUCCCUUCGAUCCUCCUACUCUUAGAUCUUUUCUCCAGAGAAAAGCAAAUUUGACGAAGAAAGUGGAGAUGUUGGAAGCAAAUGGGGAAAUCUAACUACAUGAAAACCUAUCAAACAAGACAUAUAUUUUGAUCUUUCUCUGUGCUCUCUGAUUAUGAUCCACUCAGUUCUCGAUAACGGAAUUCAAAGUGUGCUGCCCUUGUUGAUCACUGCCAACCAAAAAGUGCAUCCAAGUGAAGGUUUACAGAUUUUGUUUUUUUUUUUUGGGUUUCUGAACAAUUGAGCUAAAUAGCUUAGUCAUGUAUAUCAUUUAAAGCUUGGAUGCUGAUUAUCUCUGAUUAGCUUAGUCAUGUAUACCUUAUUAUUCAUACAAGCUGCAAUUUUCAGUUUCUGAGAGUUCUCUAAAUUAAAUUUAUUUGA